AAGUUGACUAUAUCAGUACGCGUUACAGGAUCCAUAGACGGGAAUUCUAUGCCUACAAAGGGAAAGUAUAGUAUUAGCAUUAAAUUACAAACCACCUCAGAUCACCAGGAUGGUGUUAGUAAAUGUGGCAUGCUAAGGAAACUGGAGAGGUUGCAGUGGCAAUAAGCACAAUUAUAAAAGCAGACUUAAAUUGCUGUUAAGUGUUGUCAUUGGGCAAAAUGCUGCGUUUCUAGGUACCAUAAAAGACAACUUCUUGAUGCAGCUAGUCAAGAAACCUACAAGAAGAGAAGUGAUUCUUGGCUUUUUCAAACUGUGUAGGAUCACACACUCAAGAGCUACUCCAUAAGGGUAGAAGAGGUCUCAUCAAACUGUAGAUGUCUACAGCUGAGCUAGUCGAUUGCUUCCAUAGUUUUGGGAAUAAAUGGAUACUUUACAGUGCAGUUUAUUGGCUACAUAUAGACAGAUAACGAAUCUCACCCUCUGUGUCCCUAAUGCACUCAGAGCCACAGCCUUGCAGGAGUGAGGAGAAUCAAAAUAUCCAAUACAGUAGAUACUAAUUUAAAAGAUGGAAAGUAAAUAAAAAUGAGAAAGCUUGUUGCAAGGAAAUUUAAAAGAGUAGUCAAAGAUGCUGUAUUCUUGCAGGCAGAAUGGAGAAUGUUCAGGAAUAGCGUAUUAGACACUUAGAGCAAAUCUAUAUGAUCUAUCAAGAAAAGACUUUGGAAACACCAAAAAGGGUUCUAUCAUUAAACAGCAGGGGAGGAAGCUUUUAGAAGGAAAAAAAAGGCAUCCCUCAGAUUUUAGAUUGUAUCCAAAUAGAAAAAAUCAUAAACCCUAGCAAUUUUGUUAUAAAAUUACAAGAAUGUAGAAAGAAUUUGCUAAAGGUAUGAAAACUAAGUCCUUUUUCAGAAACGUUAGAAGUAGGUAGUCUGCCAGACAGUUUGUAGGUCUAGUAAGUGACUGAAAAAUGAAAGUAUAGUCAAGUUAAAUAAACGUUACAGGUAUGUCUCAAAAUGAAGUAUCAGUUGAGGUUUCAGAGUAACUGAACAAAUAGUAAUGAGUAGCCAGAACCGAGACUUCUAAAGGGAUUUAAGAAUGAAAUUGCUAGCUACUGUCUCCAGCGUGGGCUUUAUUGUUUACAAUUGCAUCAGUACAAGGAAACAGGAAGGCAGCAAUGUGAUGACCAUUUUUAAAGCGGUAUCAGGAGGGAUCCAGUGAGCAGUUGACCGUAAUAGUACGUAGAAUAUAUAAAGAAUAUAUAUAGGACUUAUAAACUGCAAUGGAGAAUAACAUCAACAAGACUGAUGGAUCCUUAUGAUAAAGAGGAGUUAAUGUGCCCUUUGUAGAGAAAAGUUGUGCCCCAAAAAUCUAUUAGGUUUUCUGAAAAAGUCACUGAGGAUGUGAACAGGGUGAUUCAGUAGGUAUCGUAUACUUGGAUCUUCAAAAGGCCCUUGACAAGAUCUCUUACAAAUGUCUUUUGACAGGGGCUUGUGAUAAGAGGGAACAUCUCAUGCACUAACAAAUGGUUAAGCACUAAGGAACAAAAAGGAGGAAAGCGGUCAGUUUUCUGAAGGGGAGCGGUCACAAGUAGAAGCUCAGAGUCACAGAAGGAUUUCGCAGUACUGAGACACAGUGCAGUAUGAUGGUGGGUGAAAUUCUGUGUUGAUAAAUGCAAGGUAGAGCACAUGGAAGAAAAUGUGGCUCGUAUGCUUACAGAGGAAUGGACUUUGAACUAGAUAUAGCCACACAGGAAAAAGAUCUUGCAAUUGUACUAAAUAAUUAAAAUGUUAGUUUAGUGCUUAGUAAAUAGAGUGGCAGGAAUUUCUAGGAAGGGAACAAAACAGCCCGAUUGUGCCACCGUAGUUCCACGGUAUGAUGGGGGGGCAUCUCCCCAGUCUGCCCACCUCAAAAGGCUUUAGCAGCACAAGAGAAGAUACAGAGAAAGGCAAAAAGCAUGAGGAAAACUACGCAAUGCCUCUGCGUGAGAAAUGACUAACUAGGCUGCAGCUCUUCAUCUUAGAAAAAAGGGCAGUGAGGGAGGCAUGCCUAUAAGCUCAUGGCACAGGAAAAAAGGAACAGGUAAUAGUUAUUCAUUGUUUCCGAUAAUAUAAGAAGUAAAGAGCACCAACUGAAAUGGUCAGACAGCAGGUUCAAAACGGAAGAUAGUUUUCUUAUGCUGUAAGACUGAAUUAUGAAACUAAUUGCUACACAAGAUAUUUCAGAUGCCAAAAUUUUACAGAAAUUCAGAACGUGGUUUGAAAAAUUCAGUUCAUUAAACAUAAAGAUAUCACCUUUUCCCCAGGAAGAACCUGAACUGGAUCUGUGGGUAGCUGGAAUUUAAGAAAGUAUAUCGGGAAAAUACCAUUACAUGCCUCACCUAUUUUUAUGUUCUUCCCUAGGCAUCUGCUACCUGUCGCUGUCAGAGAGUACUGGGUUGGAGGGACUUGCUCUGCCCGAGGGUGGAGGGUCCUAUGUUUCUUUUUCUGCAAAGUCCCGUUAGAAUAUUGAGGAAAGGGAUAAAAUAGGACUUAUUGCAUAUUCUGAAUGAUGGCAGGCUAUACUUAUUACAGUCUAAGUCGUUUAAAGCAAAAAAAAAAAGUAAUAUUCAAACUUGCCCACGGUUGUUGUCACAGCACUGAGCAGGGGGCAGGCACUAGAGGGGUAUCUAGAACCGGAUUUUGUUGAGCUGAUAAACUAGCUUUUAGCAUUACUAUUUUAGUAUCUGCAGCCGUUUCAGAGUGCCCUACAUGUUGGAUAAGCCAGCUCAGCACACAUUUGGCCGCUAUAACUGCGGACUGCCACUACAAAGGACAGUCUGCUCUUCCUCCUGUCCCUGACUGAUCCAGCAAGGAAACAAAUUUACCACCAACUCGCCCAAAAUAAGCACUUUUGCGAUGCCUCAGCUUAUGGCUGCACAAUUGCUAGAUGUGGCUGUGCAGAGGAGGGAGCAGAGCUCUCCCCUUCUGGCGGCAGCCCACAGUUAUACUGCUUUAGUCACCGUGCGAAAGCACGCGUCCCCUUCCAUUCUGCAAAAAUCACACGAAAUAACGGUUUUUCAGAAAUAAUCUUUUAAUGUCCCUUCUAUAAGAAUGGUGUGGGUUUUGAUGCAACUUUCCUUUCGCAUUUCAGCUGUUUUUCCCCUACGAGCGGGAAUUUGCCGUGGCAGAGAGCUUUUGCCCAGGCUGACUGAAGGGGUGAGCCGUGCCCUUGCAGCUCCCAGCAUCAGCAGCGCUUUCGUCCCCUGCUGAGGAAUUCUUUCCUUAGCUGGUUUCUCUCAGUCGGGGUUGUUUUUAUUGGUUUGUGCUGUGAAGAAUAUGUGGGUAUCUGUACAUAAACUUCUCAUAAUAUGCAGUAGCAUAUUUUUACCAUGCGGUCCACCAAGUCUCUUCGCAGCAAGAAAUACUAGGGAAGUUUGGGGAUUCAGGAAAGAGCUCCCGUCGGUCUCCUAUCAAGUGCAGCAGAGACUGGAUCUUAGCAGGAAGAUGGCAUUAAUAUUGCAGAGUAAUGUCUGGCAUUUAAUUCGCCUUCUGAGGCAGCGCUCCGGGAAACCAUGUGAUGUCAGUGGGUGUUGAGAGAUUGCUGCGUGCAAAAUGCUUCGGGGGUUUUGUGAACACGUCGCUGGAGGAGGCAGUCCCCAGUUAAAGGGCAGGCUCAGCUGAGCAACGCAGUUUGCAGGUAAAGGAUGAUUCCGGAUCGUAAGCGUAGCGCUGUGCUUGGAAGCAGUGCAAACACAGGUUGCAGCAGGCUUCGUACUCUGCCUCGAGGAGCAGCUCCUGCAUUUGCUUCCAGUACGUGAACUGAUGCAGUUUCCCUGCAAAACUGUGCAGGAUGCAAGGGUGGUGAAUGCUGAACUCAGCUGCUGCAGAUGGUGGGACUGAAUCUUCGGCUUUAGUGGAUGACAAUGGCAGCGAGGAAGAUUACAGUUAUGAGGAACUCUGCCAAACUAGUCCGAGAUACCUGCAGCCCGGAGGGGAACAGCUAGCGAUUAAUGAGCUGAUAAGCGAUGGCAGCAUUGUCUAUGCAGAAGCGCUCUGGGACCAUGUGACUAUGGAUGACCAAGAACUGGGCUUCAAAGCUGGAGAUGUCAUUAGAGUCCUAGAAGCUUCCAACAAAGACUGGUGGUGGGGAAGAAAUGAGGACAAGGAAGCCUGGUUUCCAGCUAGCUUUGUCAGGCUGCGAGUUAAUCAGGAAGAACUGCCAGAAAACUGUGGUAACAUUCAGGAUGAAGAACAAGAUGCAGCUAUUAGCAAGCAUCGUCAGAAAAUGGCAGAAAACAAAGAUCAGAUGAGGACCAAUGUCAUACAGGAAAUUAUGAACACAGAACGAGUCUAUAUCAAACAUCUCAAGGACAUCUGUGAGGGUUAUAUUCGGCAGUGCCGCAAACAUACAGGAAUGUUCACUGUGGCGCAGUUAAGCACCAUUUUUGGGAACAUUGAAGAUAUUUACAAAUUCCAAAGGAAGUUCCUGAAAGAUCUGGAGAAGCAGUACAACAAAGAGGAACCUCAUCUAAGUGAAAUAGGGUCAUGCUUUCUUCAACAUCAAGAAGGCUUUGCUAUUUAUUCAGAGUAUUGUAACAAUCAUCCCGGUGCCUGCAUUGAACUUUCCAAGCUAAUGAAACAGGGCAAAUACCGUCACUUCUUUGAGGCCUGUCGCUUGCUUCAGCAGAUGAUUGACAUUGCCAUUGAUGGUUUUCUUCUCACGCCUGUUCAGAAAAUCUGCAAAUACCCUCUGCAGCUUGCAGAAUUGCUCAAAUAUACCACUCAGGAGCACAGUGAUUAUAACGACAUUAAAGCUGCAUACGAGGCGAUGAAGAAUGUAGCAUGCCUGAUCAAUGAGCGAAAGCGUAGACUGGAAAGCAUAGACAAGAUUGCGCGUUGGCAAGUAUCUAUAGUGGACUGGGAGGGACCAGAUGUGUUAGCCAGAAGCUCAGAACUGAUCCACUCGGGAGAACUGACUAAAAUUUCAAAGCAAGGUAAAAGCCAGCAGAGGACUUUCUUCCUUUUUGACCAUCAGCUUGUGUUCUGUAAGAAAGACCUGCUGAGAAGGGACAUCUUGUAUUAUAAGGAUCGUAUGGACAUGGAUGAGAUGGAACUUGUGGACACAGAAGAUGGCAAAGACAAAGACUUUAACAUUACUGUCAAGAAUGCUUUUAAGAUUAUAAACAGAGCAACAGAAGAGAUUCAUUUGUUCUGUGCAAAAAAACAGGAGGAUAAGAAGAGAUGGAUGGAGGCAUGUGAAAAUGAAAGGAGGAGAGUUCAGGAAGAUAAAGAAAUGGGAAUGGAAAUCUCAGAAAAUCAGAAGAAACAAGCCAUGCAGAAUGCCCGAAAGUCAAGGCAUGGAAAAAUUAAAGGUGUAAGCUAUAACGGGUGUCCUAUGCCUCCUCCACACCAAAGCUUGCAUCCCAUUCAUCAGCGCCACAUCACUGUGCCUACCAGCAUCCCGCAGCAGCAGGUUUUUGCCCUGGCAGAGCCCAAGCGGAAGCCGAACCUCUUCUGGCACACCUUCAACAAACUCACCCCAUUCAAGAAGUGAGAGGCCAAGGGCCUUGGAAGGACACUAGCACGGGAGGAGAGUUAUUCCAGAGAAGAACCUUCGAGACACAGUUAAGCUUGUUUGAGCUCAGUGAAUCCUCAGUUCUGGAGGGAAGAACUUAGGCUCCCUUGAGCCAGAAAUACCACCUUUAGAAGAAGAGUGAAGUUCAUCAACACUGUUCAGAAGCAAUGUGGAUGGUGUCAGUGAGCAUUGCUGAUGAAGAGCAGUUUCCCUUCUGAUAAAGACAAAUCGCUGUUGUUCUAAAGCAGCAGUAUUUGAUCUCUGUUUCUUAGUAAUCUUGAAAUAAUGAUGGCAUCAUUCAGGUCAUUGUAACAUUUCAUUUUUCUUGAUCUUAUACCGAUGGCCAAAUUUAGGUUAGGGAGGAAUUUUUCCCUAGGGGUAUAUCAGCAGGGAAUCUUAGGGGAGUUUUCUCCUUCCUUUUGGAGCACUGAGGAGGGACCACCCACUAAAAUCAGGUGGAGAGAUCCCAUAUAAUUGAUGUGCUGUUGCAGAAUUUGGCAGACCUUAAUCCUUCCUGUCUUUUUCUAUUAAGUUGCCAAACGGCAGGAGAAAGUCCCGCAAGGCCUUAUCAUAUUCCAGAUUGGAACAGGGAAAUUUUGUUCUGUCAUAUAGAAAAGAAACAUGAACAGAGUGCAAAAUGGACUAUAGAGAUUUGUGCAUUUAUUGCAUACAAGUUUAAACAAGAGGAGCCCACGGCAUCUCUGAUUACUUUCAGUCAUAGCAAUAUACUGCAUGCAUGUAGACUCUUCAGUACAGAGCUUUUAUACCACUUCCUGUGCAUUAGCCUGGGAGAUGCUUCUUUAUACUUCUGAUAUGCUUAUUUCUCAGUGUAAAAAGUAUUUCUUUUUUAAUUUUUUAAUGGAGAUAAUGUGAAUGUACAAAGUUAGAGUCGAGAAAGUACGAGAGACUGCUGGCACUAUAGUCUGUGUUACAUAAUUCUCACACUUUGUACUCCCUAUUCAUACAGCUUCACUUAAAAAUGGAUGAAGGGUAAUAUAAAUGUCCAUUAAGUUCCUGAAGCAGUCUGAAUCUAUGCUUCUUACGCACAGUCAAUUGACAGUGGGUUUUGACCAAUUGUUUCUUCGCAAAGAAAGAGAAAUCCUUACCGGAACGGACAGAGAAAUUGUGUGGAUCACAAAUGGACUGUUGUCUAAGAACCAUCAUUUUGUAUUGGAAGGGGAAGGACAUGUCUUGAGUAAGGUCAGCUCUGGCCAGCAUCUGCAAUACCUAAUUUGCCCUAAUUUGCCUAUGACAUGAAGUUGAUUUGAGAGAAUUACUUUUAAAAAGCCACCAGAAGGAAACAGGAUAUUGACUUUUGCAGCACUGAUCAUUUCUGUUUGAUACUUUUAAUUAAAAAUGGCAAGACUGUUGUUAAUGCGGAAGGAAAGAAAGACUCUGUAUGUUUCAGAACUGAUUUGUUAUGAAUGUCUUUCAAAUAUUUUAUCAUAUGCUGCUGAUUAGGGGCAUUAUCUGAUGAUAAAUAUAGAUUCAAGAGUAUUCUUUGACAAUGGACACAAUCAGCUUUGUCAUGAAUCUGUAAUAUAUGAAGAACAAAAAGAGGCUAGAGGCCAAGCAUCUUACUAGCAAUGUAAAAAAGCCUUAUUUUAAACAUGUAUUUGUUCCUACUACUAUUGUUACCUCUAUAUUUUUAUUUAUCAUCAGUGUUGUAGAGCCCAGCAGUCUGAUGAUUUUGUGAUUUGGUAACUGUGGCAACUUCUGCAAAGCCUGGGUUUAUAGAUUUAAUUUUAAAUGACAUCUUUGACAACUGUACAUUUCAAAUGCCUUGUGUAUAUAGCUCAGCAAUAAUGCAAAGUUUGGUGAUGCUCAAUUGUAUAGUUCACUGCGUAGUGAACUACUUUGCUUGUGCUUUUCUGUAGUGAUGGAAGAUGACCUGGACAGUUAAGAAGUGGAAAUAUACAUUUACAUUUUCAGUGAUCCACGUUACAGAAAGUACACAAGAAAGUCCGUGAUACAGCUGGCUGGGUUGUGUGUUUCUUUUGAUAUUUAGAACAAGCCAUCUCCUUUCAGAAUUUUUUGAAAGAUAAUUCUAAAUGUUCAAUUUAAACCCGAGGAACGGACUUCCACAUGAAGGCACAGAUGCAUGCCUUUCUUCUUAAAUGAGCAACCCUUUUGUAAGUGUUUCUUAUAUACCCAUUUUUCUGGGUACUUGCCAUGUUCAGGCCUGCCAACCAAAGUGGUGCACAUACCAUGGAAGUGGAGAAUUUUUUAUAAUCACAUUUUGAAAGAUUUGUUCUAGAUUUUUAAAGAGGUCUGAAGUUGUAUUGCAGUGCACACCCAGCAGCUUUCCCAGCUGGUCAGGUUUCUCUGCCAUGUUCGGUGGGCCUGGAGCCAUUAUGAGAUCCACACUUACUAACAUACUUGCCUUUGAUAAAACCUUCUCCAUUUCAGGGCUAGGUUCUGUGGGAGUGCUGGGAAAAAAAAAAGAUUUUAGGAUGUAUCUUCUGACAUGACAGUGCCCACAAAGGCUCUUUCCACAUAGUAGUGCUGGUGCCUUAGCCCUAAAAAUGAACAGAAAUGUUUGCAUGUGGUAUGGGAUGUAUCGGGUUUCUUCUGAAGAGAACUUCAUUUCAGAGAGAUGAAAAGCAAGUGUUUCAUUGUGCAGAUUACUCAGGAAAGUUUUACAUAUAAUACCCUAUAUGUAGACAUAGUUGUAUAAUAUUCUCAGUGUCUUUAUUUGCAAUCUGAUUUUGCAACAGGUUAAGAGGAAACCAAUAUGAUAUCCAUUUUAUUGUGUUCUUUAUUUAUAGGUCAGGGAAUGUGCUGGCUAUGCAGGGAAGACUGAUAAAAUACAAGAAGACAGGCCAAAUUUAGACUACACCAUAAUCUUUUAAACAAAUUGUAAUUAAAUGAAAAUACUCAAUUCCAUUAUCCAACAAUCAAAGCAAAUAUUUAAUAGGAGGUUCAGCCUGAUUUUAAGAGUCUGUGGAGAAAACAGUUGCAAUAAUACGUAAAAGUUUGUAUUUUAGCAACUGUUGCCUUGAGCAAAACUCAAAAGUCUUGAUCCUACUUCUGACAAAAUUUGCAUAUCAUCAGAAAAGUGUGAAUGCAACAGCUGUUCUUUUCCUCUUACUUUCACAUGCUCUAAGUUACUAUAAACUGUUCUAGAGCAACUACUAAGCACAGUUGUGCCUCAUUUAGAUAAAGCACAGCCAGAGCCUUCCUGAUGGCCUGCUGAGCAGAUAACCUCAGACUUUAAGCAUGAGAUGCAGUAAAAUAUAAUUGUCCUCAAAUGUGUUCCUACUGGAUUAGGAUAAUGCCAAACCAUAAUUGCAUCCAACUCAGAGCAUUUGAUGUACAAAAUAAUAAGAUUGCUUUACAAGUGGCUCUUGCCAUGCUAAAUUUCACAGUGAGUUUUAGUGGUCAGUGUAAUAAAGGACUUCAAAGACAGACUACUCAAAUGUUCCACAUUUUAGUUGUCUUUUGAAAAUAAUCAUAACAGAGUUUUGGAGCCAAAGGUCUUUAGCCAUAACUAAUACAGUAUCUUUCUUUAUCUGCCUUUCUCCUUUUUUUUCUAAACCUGUGGCAUUUGUAUGUGGGAGAUGCCUCCUGAAUGAGCUCUAAUUUAAAACUAUUUGUUGUAAAUACUAGGGAUGACUUGCAUAUGUAUUUUAUUUUGACAAGCGUUUUGUAACAUUUUAUCUUGCGUACAUUGCUUUGUGCAUCUUACCAUCUGUGUGCUGUUACACAUGUUGUAAAUCAAGUGUUAUGGCUACAGAGCAGAUGAAAUGGCUGUUGACAGCUGAAGUACAUGUAUAGGACUGCAGUAAUUUGAUGUGUAUUUGUUCUGAAGUAAUUGCAUUACAAGGUUUAUUUACUCUUGGAACACUGUUUGUCAAAUGACUCUAUUUUCUGGAAAUAAGUACAAACUACAUUCCCAUUACUUUUACUGUACAUGUUUUAAUUAAAUAAUGUACAAAGCUGAAGUUCCUCAGCUGUAUUUUAUAAAACUUUAUUGUGCAGUUUAAAGAUGUUUUUUGAUGUCCACAAAAUCUCUUCUGUGAGGCAAAAAUAUAUCUAAUAUCAUAUUUAUUUUAUUAUUUUGAAGCAAAAAAUGUCACACUGUGUUCUACUGUUUUUUCAGUAACAGCGACAGUACUUCCUAGCACUAAUUCGUUUUAACAAACUACUAAACCUGAUUCUGGGGUUGAACGCUUCAUCAUUCAGGCAAAAAACAUCCUUGUUACUGUCCCAUCCACAGGCAUCUACCAUCAUUGUGCUUUACCUCUUCCUGGCAGACAGUUCCUACAGUACCCCGGGAAGUAAAUGUACAUGCAGCUUCUUGUAUUAAUAAAAGUAUUGCUAAACAGAG